AUGAAGAUCCAGUGUGAUGUGUGUGACAAAGUGGAAGCCUCAGUCUUCUGUCCUGCAGAUGAAGCUGCUCUUUGCCAUGGCUGUGAUCGCACCAUUCACCACGCCAACAAGCUUGCAACCAAACACCCUCGCUUCUCUCUCCUCUACCCCACCUCCAAAGACUUUCCUCUUUGUGAUAUUUGCCAAGAGAAGCGUGCAUAUCUAUUUUGCCAAGAAGACAGGGCAUUGCUAUGCAGGGAAUGUGACCUUCCAAUCCACAGAGCGAAUGAGCUUACCCAGAAACAUAACAGGUUUCUUCUCACGGGUGUGAAGCUCUCUGCUACUUCUUUGGACCCUGCUUCCUCCUCCACCAAUUGCACUGAUACACUCACUGCCUCGGAAGGAAGAAACUCUCGAUCUAGAAUCAGCAGACCCAGAUCAGUUUCCAAUGAAAAUCUCAGCUCUUCUUGCAAGGUCGAAGACAACGUGGCCAGUGACACUGGUUCGGUUUCGACCAGCAGCAUUUCUGAGUACUUGAUCGAGACAAUACCCGGUUACUGUUUCGAAGAGCUCCUUGAUGCUUCAUUUGCACCUAAUGGUUUCUGUAAGAAGCAGAACUAUGAUCAUCGUUGGGCGUUUCAGGACCAGGAUCCAGUUCAAGUUAGGAUGUGUUUGGUUGGAGUUAUGGAAAUUCCAAAUGGGGAUGUAAUGGUUGUGCCGUUCCUUAAACUAGUCAUAAAUUGA